AUGUCUAGACCCCACACCUCUCCGCAGAAGUAUCUGAUCUCCCAGGCUCUGAAAGCUGAACGGGAUGUAUCUGCAGCAACCUCUCAACGGCAAGCCCUGGAGGCUGCUAUUACAGUUGCUGAGCAUUACAUGAAGGCGUUAAGUCUGGCAGAUAAUACCAAAGAUAGACAGACGCUCGACACGAAAUGCAAGGAGUGGCUUUCCAGAGCAGAAAAGAUCAAAGAAGCAAAAGACUGGCGAUCUGUGAGCCGUGCUCAUGCGCAAAAUACAUCUGAACUACAAACGCCAUCGUCUACACGCACCCUCACUACUAGGGAAGAAAUCAUUCUUCUCGAAGGGGCCAAGCUAAAUGGCUUCAUAUUUCCACCAUGGGCAGGGCCACCCAGUCUAGAAGAAUUUGAACUUCUACAGGGGUCAGCUUUGUUCACCGACAAGCCCGACCUUCAUCUCUCUGAGAAGCAGAAGGCCAUAUUUAAUGGCUGGAAGCGGCCUUAUGAACUACUGUCCAAGUCUGUAGUCGGGGCAAUAUCUGAACGCGGUUUGGACAAGGUAAGAGUUAUUCCGAUAUUUGCGGCCUUCUGUUUCGGGAAUUUGACCUGUAAUAAGAACUAUCUCCCUGUGAUCUAUCCUUGCGAAUAUUACACAAGCUAUCCCAAACCUUCACCUUCAGGAAGAUAUAUCCUUCGUUUCUACUUCAAUGGGUGCUUCAGAAAGGUGAUCAUUGACGAUCGUUUGCCAUCGACAAAGACCUCGAGAUCACUUCACGUAGUGGAUCGAAACAACCCGAACUUUCUGUGGCCAGCGCUCGUGGAGAAGGCAUAUUUGAAGGUUCGAGGAGGUUAUGACUUCCCCGGGAGCAAUUCCGGAACCGAUUUAUGGGUAUUAACAGGCUGGAUACCAGAGCAAGUAUUCCUCCAUCAUGAGGACGUGACGUGCGAGCAGCUCUGGAAGCGUCUCUUCAAAUCAUUCCACCACGGCGAUGUAUUGUUGACAAUUGGCACUGGGAAACUAACGGAAAGGGAGGAGGAAGAACUGGGCCUAGUCAGUGAACAUGAUUAUGCGAUUCUUGAUAUGAAAGAAAUUCGAGGCCGUCGCCAAAUGCUUGUGAAAAAUCCCUGGGCUGGAGCGGACAUUGCUACCGGAGAAAGGCACUGGGAGCCUAGAAACAUACCCGAAGACCGGUCUGCUCUCUCACCUGGGACUUUCUGGAUGGAUUGCGAAAAUGUCCUACAAAAUUUCGAGAACCUCUAUCUCAACUGGAAUCCUACACUGUUCAAAUUUCGAGAGGACAUUCAUUUCACAUGGGAUCUCGCAAGCGGUAAGGGAGUUCCUGGUUGUUUCGUGAAAAAUCCGCAAUUUGCAGUAUCCACCGAGACUGGAGGUACUGUCUGGCUGCUACUCAGCAAACACUUCAAGACCGUUGAGCUUUCCGGUCAUUCCUCGCCAGAAAACAGCCAAACUGGCUUCAUUAGUCUGUAUGUUUUCAAUGCAGAUGGCAAGCGAGUCUCCCUGAGUGACGGGACGCUCCACCGUGGGCCUUACGUGGAUUCACCCAACACGCUCAUGAGACUGGAAAUGCCACCUAAAACGACUUUCACUGCAGUUGUCUCCGAAGAAUCUCUCCCUGCUGCGAGCCAGAGUUUUACAUUGUCUGCCCUCGCAAUUGCACCUGUGUAUAUUGCACCAUCACAGAAUAAAUACAUGUGUGUGAGCAAGGUACAGGGUGCUUGGACGCCAUCAACAGCAGGCGGUAAUGCAGAAUCGGCCCGGUAUCCUCUAAACCCGCAAUUUAGCCUCAUGCUUUCCAAGGCGACUGAUAUCUCCAUUUUGUUGGAAUCGUCUGACACUGAGCUUGCCAUCCACGCCAAGCUUUUUCAUUCGAACGGCAAGCGCGUGUCUAGAGUUCGCAAUCGCGAUAUCAUCACUGACAGUGGCGACUACCGACGUGGCGCGGCUCUCGCGGAAACAAAACAUUUAGAAAAGGGCGUAUACACGAUUGUUUGUUCCACCUUUGCUUCAGACCAACUUGGUCGGUUCACGCUAUGGGUCUCGUCAAUGGUUCCUUGUGAGGUCAAGCCACUCGCUCCAGAAGCAGCAGGGCGACGAGCCGUUAUCUCAGACAUUGGCAUCUUGUCACCAGGGAGAGACAGGAUGCUGGCUCCUCUUCAAGUAUCUCGCCUUACGAGAAUUAAACUUAUUGCGAGAAGUCGUCAGUCCACGAUCGGAAGCCAUCCUGUCGGCCCUUCGCCAGUGCUUAUGACAAUCGAACUGGGCCAGGGUCCUUACAAAGAGAUUUUGGCCACCUCAGAAGACGGAGAUCAUAGCGAUGCCAUAUCCGGAGUACGCAUCGAAGACUUUGACCUGCAACCGGGUCUAGAGGACAGUGGCGGAGUCUGGAUUGUCCUCGAAAGGAUCGGAGGCCCUGGUGGCCAGGUAGAAGAUCACUUUGAGGUGGAAGCCCUGGCCGAAGAACGAGUUGGGAUUGGAGAAUGGAUUAUUGAAGACGCUUGA